AUGACUAUGAAAUCCCAAGAAGCCAAUCCUGAACGGAGCGGUAUCGUCUUCCAGCUGCGUCUAGCAUCCAUGCUACACGAAGUAGGCACGAGCGCUGUGAUCAUGCCAGCUUACGAAAGCUUAGACGGAAACAGUCGAGAUGCCGAGGUUGGGUUCAAACCACGGACCUUCAUCUCGAUAAAUUCGCGCUUCAAACACGGCUUUAUUGGGCUUCUGCGACAUUGUACACACUGUAGCACCCUUCCGGUGCCUAGCUGCCUAGUACCCGAAGGAAGCACGAGGGCUGGGAUACUGCAAGGUUGCCCAAGCCUAGACGGGGGAAGUCGAGAGGCACAGGUCGGGUUCGAACUACGGACCUUCCAGUUAGUAGAUUCGCGCUCUAACCACUUGAGCCAUCUCGCUCACUUUAAUACAAAGAUAGAACCGGAGGCUUUUGAGUUACAGCCCAUAAGAGGCUUGAAUUUACUUCGACUGUGGAGUGGCAAGAGGCAUUCUCCAGCCAUCUCCGUAUGCCACUGUUGUAGCCGUCGACUUACUGCUGAAAAGUCCCCUGACAGAUAUAUAUUUACUCACGAAUUUAUCAGUUCCCGCCUUCGAUGCGCAGCUAUCUACCUCACCUCCCCAAAUCAUCGCUACAACCACCGUGCGACAAGUACGUGGUUCUUACAGUUAACAUUGAUUAUGAUGAUGAUGACUGCUGAGUCUUUGCCGGAUGUUUCAUGGGAAGAACAACAGAACCGGGUUGGGAGAGGCCUAAUGAAGUCGGUUGGAUACAGCAUCAUCUACCCACAUGGAUGCAAGGAAUUGUCCGAAUCCCUGCGAAUCACUGACCUGAGAAAGCGACUAAACGAUCUCAGUGCUGCCUUCGACAAACUUUUAGAAACUGGCGAUUUUGGUGACAGUGAUGGAGAGACCACGCGUUAUGGUGACAGCUCAACCCAGCCAGCAAAGUUUGAUUACUUGAAAGGGCUGUUGCUUCUUCUCACCUCACCGGCAUACACUGAGCAUCAUGAUCGAGAUAUUCAACUGCGAGUUUGUAUCUGUAUAUGCAAGAUGCUGAAAAUCUUCUGUCCCCACAACCCCUUUUCUGGCAUGUCGGAUGAGAAGUCUCUUGUUAAGAAUUUAUUACAAUUCCUAUUGGAUUGUAUCCAACUGAUGGCAGGUGUGCGAGACAAGGGCGAUGUUAUUUAUUCGAAAUUGCACACAAUAUUUUACAUAUGUUGCCAGAUUGAUUUGUUUUUAUGGUGCGCCACUGUCGAAGAUGAAAGUCUGCUUCUUCAGUGCGUCAAAACUACGUUCGCCAUUGUGAAAAAUAUUUCGGUCUGGGCAUGGACAGAGCCGUCAAUUAUCCUACAGAUGCUUUUAGAUAUGGUUGUGAAAGUUAUCAUGCAUUCAGAAGGACUACUAUCGCGCGAUGUCAUUGCUUUCAUAUUGCAAUUUCUGAUCGAACCCGUGAAAACUACACAGCCAGAGCAGCACACAUUUGUGCGAGAUUUGAUUUUACGCACUUCAUGUCACCUGGAGUACAAUAUACAAAUGGUAAGCAGCUUUGACAGUUUCUCACCGUUUCUCGCACCACAGCUGCUACAGAAAUCUUUGCUUGUUGGUACGGCUAACGGUGCCGUAAGAAAAGCCUCAGGUAGUGGGAAUUCCCCGAGAGGUGAUCUAGACGUCCAUGAGUCUGAGUUUUUAAACGAUACUGACCCGAUUGGAGAACACAUAUACUCUAUUAUUUAUGAGCUGCAUACAAUCCAGAACAGUAUUGUUGCUCCCGUUUUACCUACUUUGGAACUCAAGCUCAAGUCGCCUUCAGAACGUGACCGGAAGCGUUCGUUCAGGUUGUUGGCCCGUUUGUUUUCCGAACCCAACUCUCUACUACAUGACAGUAAUCCAGCCUUGUGGGAUGCGUUUCUGGGACGUUUUAAUGAUAUAAACGAGGAUAUACGAAAGCUCUGUGUCUAUAUGGUACCGCAAAUGAUACAGCAGAACCCAGACCUGCCGCGUGACCAGCUAUUGAAGUGUAUUCAACAGCGCGCCUACGAUCAAAACGAAGAUGUUCGCUUGUUUGUGCUGCGAACAGUUUCCUCGCUGAUUAACGAAGCUCCACUGGACAUUGUUGCAAAUGAACUUUGUCAGUUACUGAUUGGGCGUUGUCGGGACAAGUCUUUAUCCAUCCGGAAAGAGGCUGCCACUUCUCUGGCCAACAUGUACAAACGUCUGGUUCAGGAGCCACAACCUCUAGCAGAUCGACUGUCUGCUGUGGCUAACGGCAUCUUACAUAUGUACUACCAUUCAUCUGUUGAUGAUAAAAUCAUUGUUGAGCGACUAUUCAAGAGCUCAUUGGUACCCUAUCACUUCAACACAAGUGACCGAGUUCGUGCACUGCUGACUUGCUAUGGCCUCCUGGAUGAAGCCUCUGUACGCGCAGUUCGGGAAAUGUUCAGAAUGCAGUACACGGUGACGGUUCUUCUCAGGGAAAUUCUACAUCUGCUGUCCACACAAGACGGUAAGAAGAUUUCUGUAGCGGGUGGUACGGAUUUGAUGGACCGUCUGAUCGCGUUGACGAACGUAUUACCGAAAACAGAUCACAAGACCGUCGAACAGCUGAAACGUUUCUUCAACAAAGCUCAUUCAGACGAAUCACUGCGUCUGCAGCUGGUCAAACUAACUAAGCCGACGUGCACGUGCUCUGAAGCGACCAACAUCUUGCGGUAUCUCAUCAAGCACAUUGAUAAUUCAUCUUCAUCUGUCACCGCCGGAGGAGCCGAGGCGCAUGUUCAAUAUAUCCGUUGCGUGAAGAUCCUUCUCGAACGAUUCGCUCCUGUCUUGUUUGACAAAACCUUUGGUCAGGAGCUUGUGUCACAGCUCGUAGUUAACCGUGAAACGGCAGCACAAUCCAGCUCAGUGGGCCCAUUGGAUACCUUAAAAGCACUGAUUCUUCUGCAUUCCCUGUCAGUUUACUUCACAGGAAUACUACCAACUGAGGGGUUGGCGAGUUACCUGAUCAACAUCCUGUCGGACGACUCGAUAUCUGCGGACAUGGCGGCGCCGCCUCGCGGGUCUUCUACGACAACGGCACCAACAACAACAACACAGGAAGCUGAUCCGCAAACGACUCAUGAACUGGCACUAAGCGUUUUUUGCUCCCUACUUAAUGGACCCGGACCACUAUGCGAUAAUGGUUCAGAAGUUCCUGACUUUUGUUCGUAUCCACUUCAUACUGAUUCCGCUUACGAUUUGAUUGACUGUACAAAGGAUCUUUUACCCCUACUGAAGAACUUCUGUUCUACCGGCAUGACUCGACAGUUCCCACCAGUUCCUUGUCCGGUAGAUUCUGCACUACAGACCCUACCUCCUUUACCGAACGGAGCUCGUCUUGAGGAAGGUAAACCUGCUCGAGGAAGGCUAAAACGAGAGGUCAGCCAACGUAGUGUAUAUCUCGCCGGUCUCGCUUGGCGUCGAGAGCGCCGAAGAGCUAAGCUUGCCAUUCAGGCAUUAUUGGCUCUAUAUAAAAGUGCUCAACGUUUUCGGUUGGCAACUGAAGUGGAGAUCAAAGAGGCAGUCGAUGAGAUCGUCAAGGUUUGUCUUGCAUGUCCCUCCGCCUCCCCCGACUAUAUUGCGUGCCUGACUGCUCUUGGACGCAUCGCCUUACGUUUACCUGGUGUGUACAACCGGGAAUUCAAACAGUUUACCACCAAAUCGUUGAUCCCAGACGUGCUUGCUCGUGAUUCAGAGAUUGAAGAGUUCGGGAAGGUUGGCUCGCCCGAUCGGUCGAAUGCUGUCAAGCGAAAGCAAAAUCAGACUACUACACAUUCGAACUCAGCAGCUGACUGGAUUCCCGAUGGCUGUGUUCCCCAAUCUACUCAUUUCAGCGACCAAGCUCAUGAGCAGCUGGCUUCGAGGACUGAAGAUCGAGGAGAAACCGGUAGCACAAGCCGUCAUUCGACUGUUGCACCGAAUCAUUAUCCACAACGGAGAUCUGACAGGUCAAGAAAAAUUGGCGCACCGGGUGAGAUGUCACGAAUGCGAUUGGUCGCCGCCACGUCGUGGUUAAAGCUGGCCCAUUCGCAAUGUUACGUUGACAGUAUUGAGGUGGACUGGUAUCAAUCGAUGACAUACAUCUUACGUGAUCCUUGUCCCCAAGUCCGUUCACAUUUCUUGACCAAACUUAAUCAAGGCCUCUACAGACUUCGGUUACCCCUGGAAUAUAUGGCUAUGUUCGCGCACGCACCGAAUGUCCCGGAUGCGAUGUUUAAGCAGCGUGCCAAACAGUUGUUAGCCGCAAAUAUUCAGCGUCGUCGAGACUUCCUCGAUCGCCACCCAUCCCGCUUGAGUGAUCCAAAAUUCCUGUACGCUCUUCUUCCUGAGUUUGUACUACCAUAUGUAAUCUACCUGUUGGCACACGUUCCUGAGUGGACUGAGCCCAAUGAUGUUGACAGUCUCAAUCGGAUCAAAGCUUCGUUGUGGUUUGUUAUGGAGCCAAUUGUCACACGUGGACACAAUUUCUUGUUUAUUCGGAAAAUCAUCGAGCGAAUCAAGCAUACUCGGGAUGCACUGGCCCCGGAAGAUCCUAUCGCCAACACAAAACUCUACCUCACUUGCGAUGUGGCACUUGGUCUGUUGCUCACUCGAUGUUCCGACCUUACAAUCAAAGAUUAUAUAAUUGACGUGAAACUACCGAAAUCCCUAUUUGUCGCCACGCCGACAACAUUCAGAAACCCUGACUUUGAGCAACUACUGAAUUCUUCGUCUCGGGAUGCUGGCAGUCUGACGAACGUCGUCCGCACACCACUGAUACAGUUCACUCCUAGAAAAGACACCCAUACGGGAAAGUAUCUGAUACCUACAGAGUUACUCAAGGAUAAACGACGUGCCCCAGCUGCAUCCGGGUCCGAAUCCAAAGAAGACGUUGACAAUCUAUCCCAGCCAGUUCCUUCACAAUCCUGUGGUCCACCGGUACAAACAUUGGCUACCACAGUGGCAGCUGCUUCUAGCGGGAAACCUACGUGUUCCGUAGCCACUAGACAAACCAAACUAAUGUCGUACGCGUUGCCGAAAAGAGUGUCGUCAGCUGCAGCCACAGAAUCUGUAUCCGCGAUUGGGGGAACUGAACAACCAUCCACCUUAGUGGAUCGUAGUUUAUCGCCCGACCAAACUACUCCAAGGAAACGCAUGCAUACUGUCUUGGAUACUUCUGAGGUGAGAUUAGAUACGGGUGGUAGCUCACCAAAAGAGCACACGAUGCAUUUAUCAAUGAGUCGUGUGAAGUGUCAGCGACUCAACAAAUCGCCAUCCAAAUCACCCCCUUUUCGAGUAGAAUCUUCGCGUUUCACAACCGUAUCAAAGAAACCGAACGUUCGAUCAGCACCUUCAAAGAGAGAGCUUGUCCAGGUUGCAUUGGCUUCACGUACUAGACAACCGAAAUCCCAUCAAAAAACAACCAAAUCCGCCAUCAAAACCUCCACCCGUUCAUCCACUCCAUCUUUAACUUCGACGUCAACACUCUCUCCCUCUACUUCCGCACCGCCGCACCCACAAGCUUUGACACGCAAGCGUGGCAGACCGUCAAAGGGGUCUACAACCAUUAAACAGUCGGGUCGUCAGACGAGAUUGUCUGCGUUGAAGUCGAGGAAGUGACUGUCACAUGGUACGUCGGCUUCUGUUCGAUCCACCAACGAUACUAGUCGGAAACAGCAGUUUUCGUGACUUGAACGGACGCAGU